UAAAUCUAUAUUUGUAGGACGAAUUUCGCUGAAUGCGGUUUCUCUCCAUUCGAAUUGCAACAUAUCACAAAAGAUUACUGCAUCAUCUUUCAGUGUCGUAUGUGUGUAAUAGCAAUGCAGUACUAAAAAUCUUAUUGCAUUAAAACGGAAUGUCAGAUAAUAACUUGCAGCAUAUUUCAUAUGGAUUUGACUCUCCUGAUUUAGAAGAAACCUUAACAAGUAGAUUGUGUAUCGCACCAUUGUUGCGCCAUACACCUCAGGUGAAUUAUAUACCUCAACUGCAUCUUGCACCUCAAGUACAUCAAAACUCACAUCUGUGUCACACAUCGCAGCUGGAUCUCACGCACCAGCUGCAGGUGUGUGGGGUCCCACUAGCAGUGACAACUACUACUAAGACCGCAGCAUCUGGUGAAGCUCAAGAUUUUAAGCACUCAGCACAAAUGUUAAGAAGACUCAGCACAAAUCUAAGGCUGGAAAGGCAAGCCAAUGAAGCUAAUAACGAAGUACCCAAUGUUCAAGCUCCAAUAGUUGUACUGGAUGGAGAAUCAUUACCUUUAGCACUGUCCGAACCCAUGAAUAGUAGUGUACAAUCUCGUGAUGUAAUGGACGGAGCAUCAUCUCCAAAUCAACCAGACAUUAAUACACCAGCACUGAGCUCAGAAGAUGACAAAAGAUAUUGUUGGGUAUGUUUUGCAACGGAUGAAGAUGACGCUACUGCUUCUUGGGUUAAACCAUGUCAUUGUCGAGGUACAACAAAAUGGGUUCAUCAAGGGUGCAUACAAAGAUGGGUGGAUGAAAAGCAAAAAGGACGUGCAGGUGCACAUGUGGCAUGCCCACAGUGUAAUACAGAAUAUAUUAUUGUAUAUCCAAACAUGGGACCGUUAGUAGUAGUAUUGGAUACUAUUGAUGGAGUAAUCUUCCGAAUUUGUCCAUUUAUCGCGGCCAGCAUAGUUGCUGCAUCUAUAUACUGGACGGCUGUAACGUAUGGAGCAGUAACUGUAAUGCAAGUCGUUGGUCACAAGGAUGGCUUAGCUAUGAUGGAACAGGCGGAUCCUAUGGUGUUACUAGUUGGCUUGCCAACAAUUCCAAUAAUGUUGGUUUUGGGAAAGAUGUUGAGAUGGGAGGAUCAAGCGCUUAGCCUUUUACGACGACAUGCAUGCAAAGUUCCUAUUCUCAGGCAUUUCUUACCUAACAGCUAUUCUAGUGAUGAUAGGGCACAAUCCGAAGAUGUACCGCCUAUGAGUGAUCCAGUAUCGGCAACACGUAUCCUUUGUGGUGCACUCCUUUUACCUAGCAUUGCCAGUAUAUGUGGCAAAAUAUUUUUUAAAAGUAUACCCUCUAAUUUUCAAAGAACAUUACUUGGAGGUAUAGCAUUUAUAACGAUAAAGGGUGCGUUCAAGAUAUAUCAUAAGCAACAACAGUAUGUAAGACAAUGUCAGCGUCGUAUAAUGGACUAUACAGAAAAUAAUGUCGCAUUGUAUGGAAGACAACAAAACUCCGAGACCAAUCAGUCAAGUUAAAUGAACAUGGAUGUGACAAAUUAUUGGAAAAAUAUACUAUCAACAGACACCUCUUCUCAGUUUAGAAGAGUUAAACUUUAUAGCAUACCUUAAGGGAUGUCCAGCAUAUUACUUUAUCUAACAAAAUAUGUUUAUGGGUAUUUUAAUCGGGUCUAAAAAAUGUAUAAGUUAUAUGUACAUAUAUAUGUAUAUUAUCACAACCUACUUUAAUACCUAGCCAUUUACAUAGACAACACCGCGGAAGUCCGGCUUUCGUUGUGCAACCACAUUUCAUUCUCAGCAUGACUAGAUCUUAAAGUAGGCUAUGAUAUUAUAGAUAAUAAUGAGAAAGUGUCAUGUAUGUGUGUAUGUGUGUGUGCCCUUACAUAGAAAUAAGAAUUGAGAUAUGUUAAUGCAAUUCAAUUUUUUCUGCUUGACAUGAUCAUAGGUCAUAGACAUAGACGUAAUCAAAUGUCACUUAUGCUAAAUUUCUAGUCUGUUAACAAGAAAACGUAUAUUUUGUGAAACUAAUUUUGCACAAAUUUAAUGUGCAUUAAAAAAUAGUACAGUCAUCUUCUGAGAAAUUAUUCAUAUUUUGACUUCUAAUGUAAAAGGGGACACAGUCUUUGUAGAAGAAAUUUAUUUCUAUUAUAGAUAAGUCUUGGAUUAGGUAUUGAAUUAUAAUUAUAUAUUUAAUAUAUCCAAUAAAGAAUUUUGGAAUAAAA